AUGGCGUGUCAAGCUUUGCGAUGUGCACGAUUGAAGGAGCUGCAGGUGGCCGAACGACAUGUGGAAGCUUCAAUGUGGAAGGCUUCUCCUCCAAGGGCGACGUCCACCUUGCGAGUGAUGCAGUACAACGUCUUGGCCGAUGCCAUGUCCGACGACGGCUUCUUGGUGCGGCCCGUGCUGGCAGAUUGGCCGGUGCCCGAGAGGGCGGUGCCCACGGCUGAGGGCGGGCAAGUGGACUUCACGGCGUUGUUGGCAGAGAUGAUGGAAGCGAAAGGAAAACCCAGCUUGCUGGAGGAGUGUCAAAGGAAGUAUACCUGCAGCGCUUCGGCUGAAAACACCCGUGCCGUGAUUGAUUGGGAGGCUCGAAAGCUGCAGAUGAUGUGUCUCAUUGAGAACUUCGACCCAGACGUUGUGGUCCUAGCCGAGUUGGAUCACUAUGACCAGUUCUUGGGUCUGCUGCGGAGUCUGGGCUACGAGUCACAACUGGAGAAGUGCAAGAAGGACUAUCCUCAGUACCGUCCUGCCUUGCUCGACAGCUUCAGCGACAAAGAGCCUGCCAGCAGCAAAAGCUUUGCAGAAGCCUGGGCUGCUCGAGGCUAUGCGUUUUUGCCUCACCUGGGCUCGAUCUCCCUUCACACCUUCAUGCAGCGUGGGCUGGGCAUGAAGAUCUUGGAGGCCGCUGGUCCUGAGUGGAAAGAACGCUUGACGGAUCCAAAGAAGGGCGGUCUCCAACGCAAUUGGUCUCAGGUGCUACCGCCUGGCAAAGCGCAGCAGCUGCUUGAGAGUGCUGGAUUGGAGGAUCCUAGAAGCUUGGACGACAUGGGAGUGGCCAUCUUCUGGAAGGCUUCGCGCUUGGAAGCCCUCGAGCUCACCCUGCAGCCGUAUCCAGGAGGAGGCAAGGGCAUCGUCCAGGUGAAGUUGCAGGACAAGCAGGAGACUGCAGCCUUUGUGGUCAUGGGUACGCACCUGAGUUCUGGGGACACUCUGCAGGACGAGGAUGAGAGGUUGAAGCGUGAAGUGAACUGCGAAGGAGGCUUGGUGCAUGCGCUCCAGAGGGCACAGGACCUGGGCGACGCGGUGAUUCUUUGCUUGGAUGCGAAUUCGCAUCCAGCCAUCCGUGCGGGGGGCGAAAGCUCAUGGAAGGUCUUGCGGCAGGCGCUGGGUGCUUCCGUUUGGGACGCCUUCUUUGACCCCCAAGGGGCCGUGGUGCCGGCGGAGCGGCCGGAGCUGGAUCCUCCCGUGACCUCCAACAAGGUUCGGGGGCCCUUGUCGGCACAGGCGAAGAAGAUAGGUGCUCAUGCAUACUAUUUGAUUGACCACAUCUUCUACAACCCGGGAUUCUUUGAGUUCCGGUCGCAUGCCUUUGAGCCCAAACGCUUCAAAUCCAGCAAGGAUGCUUUAGAGGAUGUACAGCCAUGUUUGCUGAACCCUUCGGACCAUUAUCCGGUGAUUGUGUACUAUGGGGGAUUUCAGGACCCAAAUACCUUGAGUGUCAAGCUAAAGCAUGCGGCCAGCGGGAAAAAAGGAUACAACAGAUCCCAACUGAAGCUUUGCUUUGCUUUCGUCGUCAUGGGCAGCUCUACGCGCGCCUUGCGCUUGGGCUCGACCCUUCGUGCCUUCUGGCCCAUCUCUCAGCCUCGCGCCGGCCAGUCCUCACACUACGAUGUGGUGGUGGUCGGUGCUGGCAGUGCGGGUGCUCACUUGGCAUAUCGCUUGUCCACGAAUCCCAGCUGCCGGGUGCUGCUGAUCGAGGCGGGCAGACAAGAUAAUGCGCUUUGGGUUCACGUGCCCGUCUUCUAUUUCAAGGCCAUUGGGACUCCUGAUUUCGAUUGGAUGUGGAAGACCGAUGGGCCUACGACGGGCCUAGGUGGACGCAGUUUAGCCUGGCCUCGUGGCAAGGUCUUGGGUGGUUCGUCGUCCUUGAAUGGCUUGCUCUACGUGCGAGGCCUGCAAUCGGACUAUGACGCCUGGGCCGUGCAGAAUCCUGGAUGGAGUUACGAGGAGCUGCUCCCCCACUUCCAAUCCUCCGAAGACGCGCCGCCUGAGCUCUCGGACCUCGGCGAGGCGGCCCCCGACACCCCCACGUUCCGCGGCUCAGGCGGCCCCAUGUCUGUGACGGGGAACAGCUACCGCACCGAGCUGUCGGAACGCUGGUCGCAGGCCUGUGCUGAGGUCUGCCAGGUUCCUCGUGUGCGCGACAUGAGUGACGUGGCGGGAGACCAACAGGGAGGUGCUGGAGUGGCAUAUUUCUCCAACUUCAAAACGCCGGGUGGCUUCCGCUGUUCCAGUGCCUUGCCAUUGCACGAAGUCCGCCACCAACGAAGCAACCUGCAUAUUUACUGCAAGACUCAGGUGGAACGUCUGGUCCUUCACGGACAGCGUGUGACCGGAGUGGUGGUCAACGGACAAGAAGUAUCUGCUGGAGAAGUGGUUCUCAGCGCAGGCGCCCUGGGCUCUCCACAUCUCUUGCUGCAAAACGGCAUCGGUUCACCUGCCAAGCUAGAGGAAGCUGGUGUGAAGUGUGUCCAUGAUUUGCCUGGGGUUGGGGAAAAUCUGCAAGAUCAUUUGCAGUUGAGGCCCAAGUUCCGCGUGCGAGGCACUCCCACCCUGAACUCAGAGGUGGGAGCUUUGGUGAAGUAUGCUGUCCAGGGCGGCUACCUGGGGUGGCUAAAAGCCAUGUCCAGCCCCACGGCGUGGCGAUGCGGCUGGGAGUUCCUCUGGAAUCGUUCCGGUCCAGUGUCCAUGGCCGCUUCGCAGGUCUGCGCCUUCGUGCCCAGCCGGAUCUGCGACGUCACGGCCACAACACGGUCCAAGCCGCCGGAUUUGCAGUUCCACUUCCAACCCUUGAGCACUCGAGCUUUGGAGGGCACGGCAGCAGUGCACUUGGAUGACUUCGAUGCCUUCACCGCCUCGGUGUGCAUCUUGCGGCCCGAGAGCCGAGGACGGGUGGCGCUGCGCCGGGAUGGAUCGCUGUGCAUCUCCCCCCACUAUCUGUCCACGGACCACGACCAGCGCUUGGCGCUGCGCAGCCUGGAGCUGGCGCGCGAGGUGGCACAGCACCCACUGCUGCGUGAGAUCGGCGCGGAGGAGGUGGAUCCACCGGCGGAGACCAAUCUGGACCACGCCCGGAGGGUGGCGGAGACCAUCUAUCAUCCAGCUGGGACGUGCAAAAUGGGUCCAAGCAGUGAUGAAGAAGCCGUGGUGGAUAAUGAGCUGAGAGUGCAUGGUUUGGAGGGUCUACGCAUUGUUGACUGCUCCAUCAUGCCAACAAUCACUUCCGGGAAUACGCAUGUGCCUACAGUGAUGAUAGCAGAGAAGGCUGCGAGACUUAUUGGUACCUGAGUGCUUUCCGUGUCGCUUCUUCCACUCGCUUCUUCCACGAAGCAUGAAGGAAGCUGCAUUCUGAGGAAUGUGUCGCAAGCCGAGUAUAUGGGAUGCGAUUCCGAUUAUGUCUCACAGAUCUAGGAUGGUUUGUUUGAUACAUCCCUGGCUUGAGCCACGGCCUGAAGAAUCCACAUGCAAAUCAAAA